CUGCUGCCCUUUCACAGAUGACGGAGUGGUGGGCAGUGAUGUGAAAUUCCAGUUAGAAUUUGUUUACACGUCGGUCAUCGGCCUGCAUUUUAACCUUCGAUGAGGAGGCAGCCGGACUGAGGAGGUCAUGUACUACCCCGUGGGCUGGCCGCGGGUGCUCAAGCUCCCUCGAGCGUUGGCCGCCGUCCGACAAGUGGUCAACAAUCGGGACAAACUGCUUUACGCCGUUCUGACAGACGACAGCCUUUCCAUUUGGUUUUGCAAACCCUGUUUGCCCAUCGUGACCCACAAGCGGGACGUGCAGAACAUUGAGGACGUGGGCACGAACCAACUCGUCCAAUGGAGACCCGACUCGAGUAUGCUGGUCGUCGUUACCUCAAAAGGGCAUCUCUUGUUUUAUGUGUUGUCCGUGUCGGCGGACUUCAAAGGGCUCUACGAACAGCAGGACUCGCCGAGUCCGAAUUUGCGCAGGGAAAGUGCAGAGCUCUAUGUGAAAGAGGUUAUUCCCGCCCUUAUGCUUACGCCUCAUUUUGGCGUGGAUGUGACUGCUGGUCUCCCGAGCAUUGUUUGCAUUAGAGAUGAAUUGAUGGUGGCCACAACCAGGGGUCAUGUUUUGAGGUACAGAUGGGACGGAUCCCUGAACAGAGAUUACUGCCUUGACUUGCGGAGGGUGCCCUUUUGCAUUGAUCAGCAAGUUUCAAAAGCCGAGCCAAUUACUGAGGACAACAUUUACAUUUCCGAAAUUGAAUACUCUCCUUUGGUUGGAGGAUUUGCUGCAGUUUUGAAUGACGGCAGAGCAGCUUUUUUGACAGCCUUCUCCUUGCAAUUUGAUCCAAAUCAAGUGCAAGGAAUCUGGGCACAGGGGCUUGAAGAUGCGACGUGCGCUGCUCUCAACCACAAACACAGGCUCAUCGCAUUUGGAAGGAAAAACUCUCAAUGCAUAGUCUACUGUGUGGACGAAGUGACUGGUGGGCUGGAGAUCAGUCACCAAGUGGUGCUCUCAAGCAAAGACUUCCCUGGGGCUCCUGGAGCUGUGACUUGCAUGAGGUGGUCGCCUGACGGAUGCGCCCUAGCGCUGGCCUGGGAGGGUGGCGGCAUCUCUCUCUGGAGCACUUUUGGCUCACUGCUCAUGUGUUCUUUGGCGUGGGACCAUGGGCUGAACUCUUCCAUGUCCAGACUGAGAGUGACUUCACUGGACUGGGCUGCCGAGGGCUAUCACUUGUGGAUGGUCGAGCAGUCUGAGCCGCAGCACAGACUCCUGCAACUGGAGAUGGUUAAGAGCCCUCAGACUGUCAACCCUUGCAUGAGUCAGCAUGGACAAGUCCACCUUCAGGGUGAAGACAGGCUAUUAGUGCACCUUGGAGAUUCAAAAGUCAGAGCUUUCAAGCCAAAUGUGGCCUCCGUCUCUAACGAAUCAAUCACCCAAUCAGCUCUUGACUCUGCGUCCUUCACUGGCAGCAAGCAGUGGGUUGUUGUGACUAUUCCUCACACAUACUCUUCGACAAACUGGCCCAUCAGAUAUACUGCUGUGGAUGCCGAAGGACAAAAUGUGGCCAUUGCUGGCAGAACGGGCUUUGCUCAUUAUUCGUUGCUGCACAGAAAAUGGAAGCUGUUUGGCAAUGAGACGCAGGAAAAAGAUUUUGUUGUGACUGGAGGAAUUUUAUGGUGGCGUUCGUUUAUUAUUCUCGGGUGCUACAACAUUGUUCAAAGCAGAGAUGAAAUCCGAAUUUAUCCUAAAGAAACACGUUUGGCUGACAACUUUGCAAAAGUUGAGAAGGCCGAAGCUCAAGUACUGAUUUUGAAUUCGUUCAGAGACCGACUCGUCACUUUUUGCUCUGAUAGUCUGAUUACCAUCUAUAGCUUAAUGAUAAAGCAAAAUUCAAACGACGUUGAUCUGAUUCAACUGCAGGCAAUUGAUAUUAGCGCACUCUGCGUUCACCCUGCCUGCGUUGUUUCGAUCACAUUGACGUGCCUGCGAACUGAAAGCUGCAUCGGUAGCAAAAGGGAGCAGGCUGAGAGUUUAAUAGUUAACGUGAGUGGGCGACUCCUGCUUGUCCAGCAAGUUUGUGCUUCUCCUGAAGCAGAAAGUAGCAGCACCACUUUGUGUACUCCGACGGUAUUGGCUUCAUGUGUUGAAAGUGUGUGGAUGCCUCUUAAAAGCAAACGAGACAAGCCUCACCUGACCGAGGCUCUAUGGUUGUAUUGCGGUGCUCACGGGAUGAGAGUGUGGCUUCCUCUGUUUCCAAGGGACGGAGACAAGGCGCACACUUUCAUGUCAAAACGGAUAAUGCUUCCAUUCCAGUUGAAAAUCUACCCUCUAGCUGUACUUUUUGAAGAUGCCAUCAUACUCGGUGCCGAAAAUGACACAGUGCUCUACAGCUCAGAUUCUGCCUCACACUUUUCACUACCCUUCUGUUUAGUGCAAAGAACUAGCCAAGUUUAUCUUCAUCAAAUUUUGCGGCAGCUGAUUCGAAGGAACUUGGGCUACCAUGCUUGGGAAAUAGCUCGUUCUUGUACCAACCUUCCAUAUUUCCCGCAUGCUUUGGAAUUAUUGCUCCACGAGGUUUUAGAAGAAGAAGCAACAAGUAAAGGUCCCAUACCGGACGCCCUGUUACCUAGUGUUGUAGAAUUCAUCCACGAAUUUCCAGUCUAUCUGCAAACUGUUGUCCAGUGUGCUCGAAAAACAGAAGUGGCCCUUUGGCCGUAUCUGUUCUCGGCUGCCGGCAAACCCAAAGAGUUGUUCCAGCAAUGUUUGAACAAUGAGCAGCUAGAGACGGCAGCCUCUUACCUUUUGAUUCUCCAGAAUUUGGAGCCAAGCGCUGUGAGUCGCCAGUUUGCAACUCUUCUUUUGGACACGGCUUUGCAGCAUAGCAAGUGGGAGUUGGCAAAGGAUUUGGUUAGGUUUCUUCGAGCAAUAGACCCAAAUGACGUGGAAUCUCCUCGGCAACCAAUGCUCCCUGCCAACAAAUAUGGAAUGGCGCAAUCACCACCUGUCAGUCCACACGAGGAAGACUUGUCCCUUGUUCUCGGCACCAUGCAGGUGGCGCGGGGCCGCAGCUACAGCACGACAACCAACACACCGAAGGUCUCUAUUCCCGAGGCAACCAACGUCUCAAAUCCCAGCACUGGUUCUCCACACCCAAAGAAGACAGAGGUGCUGGUCAGGUCGAGCAGCAGCGUCGGUGAAGGCAGCAUCACCACCAACAGCCAGUCCCGAACCAGGAAAAAAUCGGCUCCCUCCGGAAGAAGGGACAGCACCUCCAGCAAUGCUGCAGAAGACUUUUUCAUCGACACCAUCCUUCAAAGACACGCCUGUCGAAUGCUGAUGGACAAACGCUUGCGGGACUUGGGCCUCUUUGCAGCUCACCUGGACUUCCACCUGGUCACUUGGCUCAAGUCUGAGAGACACCAGGCAGCAAGGAUUGAGGACUGCGUUGAAGCCCUCAGGUACCUGCACAGGGACUUCAACUGGCCCUACCCAGCCGGCAGCAUGAGUUUCCAGGGCUACCCGCCGCUGCCGUCUCAAGCCACGACGAGAAAGACGUCCGGCUCGGGGUCAUCUGGCCGCUCUUUUCCGGCCUCUCCAAGCGUCGAAGACAGACUCAAGGCGCUCACCUUGGACAUUCUGAAGGGCAACCCGAGCAGGAUUCACGAUUCAGGGUACAUGAGCCAUGCCAGCACCAACCACAUUCCUCAUUGGGGCAUGAACACAUCAACUGACUCCAGCAUGCACACCGUUGAGGCCAGAUUGCAGCCUCAUGGCGGACAGGGUGGCAGCAGCUUCUUGAGUGAGGAGAGUUCCUCAUACAUGGGAGAAGAGAGAGACACUGUCGACGAACAUGUCCAGAGCCCUGGCUGGGUGACAACACCCGAGAUGGACUUCAUAGCCCAAGAUCACGCCGCUGGUCGAGUACCAGCAAGGGAAGAAGUCCAGCUCAGAUAUUUGCUCCAACUUUUCAUGGAGGCAGGGUGUCUUGAGUGGGCCCUGGUCCUUUCAGUUCUUCUCCGAGACGCCAUGGCCGUUCUACGAACUACUUUUGCUGCUAGAACUGCUGACCAGUCCAUAGAAGUUGUGAAAAGGCUUAAAGAUGGACUUGAGGCACUUCUAAUUUGGAGUAACACUCAAUGUCUUGGAUAUCGCAACUUCAUGCUGGCCAUCCAGAAUCAAAUACAGGUGCUGAACAAGAUACUGAGCAGCGCCCCAAAGACUAGUGCCGAAAACUCAUUGAGUGCCACUACCAAUGCUUCAGCGACCGUCACAAGCACCGUUUCAGGUACGAACGUGUCCAACAAACCCUCAAUCACGCCGUCCAUGUCCCAGCCCUCUGAGAGCUUAGCCUCGCAACCUGUCAAGCCCACCUUGGGCAAACUAAGACUCGUUUCUGCCCCGUCCUCCUCGUCUGUUUCCCCCAACGGCUCCAGUCUUGACUCGUUGGAGGAGGAAACCGCCGAGGAAGCUCUUCAACACUUGGAGCUGUCCGAGUCGAAUAGCGGCGAAGUGGUAGAAGAAGGAGGUUGUGUCAUUUCGUAAUUGAUACAAGACUCACCGUAGUUGAUUCAUGUAAUAGACCUCUUUGAAGGUCAAAAUUUAAAGUAAAUAAGAUAUUGCAAUUCGGUCAAUUCCAAAAUAGAACCAGCCAGUACAAAGUGAAUUUAUAUCACAGUGCCAAAAAAGGAAAAGAAAUUUUAAACAAUUGUUCUCUAUCUCUCUGCACUGUUGUUGGAAAAUCACUUGCAAAAAGAAUUUCAUUGGCUUAUUGUAGCUCUCUCUCUUGCAAACAUAAAAAUCAAACGACAUUUUUCCGCUCUUUCAUAAAGUGCUUGUAAUUUUUGAGGAAAUUUAGAUUUAUGUGCUUCACGGUAUAAAAAAGUAAUAGUUUUUUGCUAUAUAAUUAACUACUGCCGGACGUAGAUUGUUUUAGUUCCUCGAGAUAUUGAUUUUGUCCUGAAUUAGUCACUAAUGUUAGUAAAACUCGGUCUGCGCGGUACAAGUGAAAUUGUUAAUUAAACUUUCCAGAUGAGAGCAAUUUACGCAAAUUCUUGGGCGUCUUGUCUCUGAGACGAUUUACCUUCUGAAUUCUCAGUAAGCUAUUUUUUAUGAUUAAGAAUAUUCUUAUUAAUUUAUUUAAAAUCUUUUUAUUUUUCCAUUUUAUAAUAAUAAAUUCUAUUGAGCUCUAUAUUCAAAGUAAUUAUUUAUUUCAGCAAUAUUGAUAUAGAUCUUUGCUUGUUCUUGGGUAACUAUGUAUCAAUUUAUUAAUACGCUUAGAAAUUUCAUCUAUGUUUCAGUGUGUUUUACUUUGCUUAAGCAAAGCUGCAAUGUUUGGUUACGUGAAAAUAAUUUUUUACAAAUAAUAUCUAAAUAACUUUGCUUUGCCCGUUGUUAUUUACUUAAAUAUAUUAUCUCUACGCAUUGUUGCUAUACUUCGUCUUAUUGUUUUAUGUGUAUUAAUUUUCAAAAGAAAAAUGGCAAACG